UGGUGACGAACGUGGCAGAGAGUGAAAAGAUGGACCAUGAGCUUCUUUGCUCUAUGACCAAAGUUAGAGCUGAAAGUCAAAGCAUUUUUCUAAAGAAAAAAAUAUGGAGUAUUCAUUUUUUCCCAGGAUAAACAAAAGAAAACCGAGAUUGCAUUUCUUUCGAAUUUCCGGUGAUGUGAAGUGGAUGAAGGGUAUCUCACUAUUUCAUUCUCUGCCACUUGUGUGUGCUAAGGUUCGGAUUGAAGGAAGCGAGCUGGAGUGAUAAUCUUGGGUCUUCACUGUUUCUCAGGCAUCGGUACCACAGCUUCUUUAUUGCUUUUGGUGCUCGUUAUGUGUUCGUAUGUUUGUCUGGGAAUCAUCUUCUUAUUCCUCAAGCUAGCUGUAUUAUUGGCGGUACUUCUGUGUUAUUUGAUUAGUGUCUGUUAACUCCACGUGAAGUGGUCCUUGCAAUCAUUGGCCACAUUCAGUCAAUCAUUGUCUUUCUUUGAUCAGUAAAAUUUGGAUUUCUGUAGUCCUGGCAAAGUGAUCUCAUUUCCAUUUGUUUGGGUAUUCACACAGAAAGAUCUCAAUUUACUCUCUUAGUGUUGGACUUGAAAGAAACUCCAAGUCUUAGUGACUAUUUGGUGCACUGUCCCUCAGAUUGUAGAAGUAGCUUUGAAAUCCGAAACAUGAUGCAUAAUGAUGGGAAUCCUUCACCCCAACCAGAAAAGGGUUCCAACAUAGUCACCAUGGCACUCAUAUCUGUUGUGCUAUGCAGUCUUUCAUUCUUUCUUGGUGGAAGCUUCUGUUCUCAAAAUCAGAUUUUUCUUCUCACUAAGGAUUUUUCCAAUGCCCUCACAUCUCCCAGGGAAACUGUUCUUAGCUCACUGCAAUUGAAUUCCACUUCCUUUGCAGAGUGCAGUCCUGACUUGCAGGACUACACUCCAUGCACAGAUCCCAAGAGGUGGAGGAGGUAUCGUUCUCAUCGACUAUCUUAUUUGGAACGCCACUGCCCUCCAAAACAUGAAAAGAAAGAAUGCUUAGUUCCACCGCCAGAAGGCUAUAAAUUGUCAAUCAAAUGGCCAAACAGUAGAAAUGAAUGUUGGUACAGGAAUGUUCCAUUUGAUUGGAUUCUUAAGAAAAAAUCUAAUCAGCAUUGGUUGAGGAAAGAAGGAGAGAAAUUUAUUUUCCCUGGAGGAGGUACCAUGUUCCCAUAUGGUGUCAGCCAUUAUGUUGAUUUGAUGCAAAACUUGAUUCCUGCAAUGAAAGAUGGGACAAUUAGGACUGCCAUUGAUACUGGGUGUGGUGUUGCAAGCUGGGGAGGGGAUUUGCUGGAUCGUGGGAUUUUAACAGUUUCACUUGCACCUAGAGACAAUCACCAGGCUCAAGUUCAGUUUGCGUUAGAACGUGGAAUACCUGCAAUUUUAGGGAUUAUCUCAACACAACGCCUUCCUUUCCCUUCAAGCUCUUUUGAUAUGGCUCAUUGCUCAAGAUGCCUGAUUCCUUGGACUGAAUUUGGUGGAAUUUACCUUCUUGAGAUACAACGAAUACUUCGCCCUGGAGGGUUCUGGAUCCUCUCUGGUCCUCCAGUUAACUAUGAGCACCGCUGGAGAGGAUGGAACACCACAAUCAAGGAGCAAAAAUCCAACUAUGAGAAACUGGAAGAAUUAUUACUUUCAGUAUGUUUCAAACCAUACAACCAAAAAGACGACAUUGCCGUGUGGCAGAAAUCAUCAGACGGCAGUUGCUAUAACGAUCUUGUUAGUAGUAAUAAUAAUAACAACUUAAAUAAUAACAAUAAUAAUAGUAAUAUCCACCAACCUGAUUGUGAUGAUGGAACCGAACCAGAUUCAGCAUGGUAUACUCCUCUCCGCCCAUGUAUUGUACAAAACGAACAAACUGAUAAAAAAGUAGCAUUAGAAUCCCUUCCCAAAUGGCCACAAAGGUUGCAUACCCCUCCAGAGCGUGUUACUAAUGUCCGUGGAGGAAGUGGUGGAGCAUUUAAGCUUGAUGAUAGUAAAUGGAAGGCAAGGGUGAAGCACUACAAGUUGUUGCUUCCUGCACUUGGAAGUGAUGAGAUACGGAAUGUGAUGGACAUGAACACAAUGUAUGGAGGUUUUGCUGCGGCUCUCAUUGAUGAUCCUGUUUGGGUCAUGAAUGUUGUUUCUUCUUAUGACAAAAAUACACUUCCCGUGGUGUUUGACCGCGGUCUCAUCGGUACAUACCAUGACUGGUGCGAGGCUUUCUCUACAUAUCCUAGAACCUAUGAUCUCCUUCACUUAGAUGGCCUAUUCACUGCUGAAAGUCACAGAUGUGAGAUGAAGUAUGUCAUGUUAGAAAUGGAUCGUGUUUUGAGACCAAACGGGUACGCAUUAAUCCGUGAGUCCAACUAUUACAUAGAUUAUCUCAUGACCAUGGCCGAAGGAAUGAGAUGGAGCUGCCGCAAAGCAGACACAGAAUCCACUGUAGAUAAGGAAAAGGUAAUGCUUUGCCAGAAGAAAUUGUGGUAUUCUUCUGUGCAGAUAUAACAGGGAGAUAACAAAGAGAAUAAUCGCAAUACCCUUGAAAUAUAUAGAGCAACCUAUAGAUAAGGACAGUACUACGUGAUAUGCUGUAUAUCUGUCUAUUAUAGUCAAGUAUGUUUUUUUUUGUGUUAACGUCAUACUCGUUCUCUAUACACUCGCAUGUUUGUAUAUUAUAUAUGUAGGGUUUAUGUGAAAUGAGAAUUCCAACAUACAAUGAGAAGGGAAAUGGUCAAGACUAUGUUUUCCAACACCAGGAGGUAAGAGAUGGAGAUUAAUGUCUAAAUUCAGAGAAAAAUUAAAGACUAUUGUCUAGAGUUGAACUUUGAGGUGCUGAAUUUGAACCACGAAGCUGACCUUUUGGCAAAAGGAGCUAAAAACCAAGGGCAAAUAACAUUAACGAUUGGCGUAGUAUUUGAAUAUCUACUAACCUAGCCAUUUGAAUGUGACUAUAGAGCCGAUUAAAAAAAAUUAUGGAACUAGAAUGUAUAUGUUAAAGGUUAAUUCUCGAAAUAUGAAGCUAUAAAUCUAUCAUUCAUUAUAUAACACCGGUGAGUAGGGAUAAAUGUUUUUCUUAUAUGGAUUUGUUCUGGGAUGUAUCAAGCUAUAAAUCUAUCAUUCAUCUAUUAUUGCAUUCAAAUAUUGUAAUGC